AUGGCACCCCGAGCUUUGCUAGUGGCGCUCUUGCUGCCAGCCUGCUCUGCCAUCACUUGGGUGAAGAGUGCAGCCGGGGCAAGCUGCGACCAGGCCUGUGCAGCCCGCUCUGGCUGCACCGAGGAGGCCUGGCCGCAAUCCGAGGAGGAGUUCCAGGAUGCUGCCAAAGCUGCAGGUCAAGCCUGCGAAAGCACGCAGAGCGGCGGGGCCAAGUAUGACCCAAGCACGGACGGCCACCACUGUGGCUGGCAAGGUCCAGAUCACAUGGAUGGAGAGGCCAGGUGUGCCCAGUCCGGUGACUCUGGCACGUAUCGCUUCUGCCCGUGCAACGCGGACAAGGAGCUGUAG